ACUACUGAAGGAAUUGAAUUGUAUACAAAUAGGCUUAAUUAAAGCCUUGAAGUCAUCAGCAAACGUAACAUUUAACUCAAUCUUAUUGAUACAAUCAGCCCUACAUCUGGAAGUGAGGGCUUUCUUCAGAAUAAAAAAAAAAAAAGGGAAAAGUAAUGUUAUCGCUUUCAAAACUUUUUUUCAUAAAGUCAUCAGCAUCAGCUCGGACCAACAGGCUUAUUUUAACCGCCCAGAAUAAAUCGAACAGGCAUGUCGGACACACAGAUACACUGACGACAUCUGGUGGACUGUAGAAUGUCCAGCAUGCUUGGGCUGAAGAAUCACGAACCGGCCAAGUUUCAAACGCGUUGUACAAAAUGAGUCCACUUGACGGCGCCAAACACAACCAAUCCAGAAUCAGAAGAUUUCAGACACACACGUGUUCGUCUACUCAUCAACCCGGUACCCACCGUGCCCUAAUCCAAUUAAGAUGACAACGUUUGUAUAACUAAUUAUCUGCUAUUGUCAGCGAAUUGAAACAGCGUCAUUACGCUUCGAUAAAACGUUAGCUUAUUCUAAUAGGUCAACGAAGGACAAACUACAAAAGUUGCUGCUUCGGAAAUGUGAAGUGGCUGCAGAAGGACGAGACGACCCAUGUUUUGCAUUGAUCGAUUGGGAUUGUAAACCGUGUGCAGGUCUUUCUUAACGUGCUGCUGCUAACACCCUGGCAUGACCAAACGGUGCUGCUCUUGAGGUCAUUCGCAUCCUAUUCUUACCCCCUGCACACUUUUUCCUCAGUGCGCUGGUUUUGGACAAUGGGUGUAAAUGAUGCAAACAUGGAUCUUUUCUCUUGUAACUCCACCACGGUCGCAUGGAAACUCGAGACCGCUUUAAUUUCUCUGGCGUUCUCGCUGAUUUUCCUGGUCGGCACGGUGGGAAACUGUCUGGUCCUUGCUGUGCUUUUUCGCACUGGGAAGAUGAACACCAAGACGACAAGUUUGUUUAUUUUUAACCUGGGGAUUGCAGACCUGUCUUUUAUUGUCUUUUGUGUGCCCUUUCAAGCCACCAUUUACACCAUGGACGAGUGGGUGUUCGGCCCGGUGUUCUGCAAAGUGGUCCACUUUCUUAUAUUUCUGACUAUGCACGCCAGCAUCUUCACCCUGGCAGCUGUGUCAUUGGACAGGUACCAGGCCAUCUGCUACCCGCUGCACUCCAGGCAGAUGAGGACGCCCAGGAACGCCCUGGCGUCCAUCUCCCUGGUGUGGCUGCUGGCGCUGCUCUUCUCCGGGCCCUACCUCAGCUACUACCGCCAGGUGGAGCUGGGCGGCGGCCGGGCCUGCCUCCCCGUGUGGGAGCCCGCGCCCCGCCUCGCCAUGGACAUGUGCACCCUGGUCUUCGGCUACCUCCUCCCCUUCGCCGUGCUGGGCGUGACCUACGCGCGCACCGUGCGCCACCUGUGGACCAGCGCCGACCCCCCCCGGACCCCCGACAUGUCGGAGUCCCGCCGGGCCAAGCGGCGGGUCACCAAGAUGCUCAUCGCGGUGGCGGCACUCUUCGGCCUCUGCUGGCUGCCCCACCACCUGCUGGUGCUGUGCAUGUGGUUCGGCCCGUUCCCGCUCAACCACACCACCUACGCGCUGCGCAUCCUCUCGCACCUGCUGGCCUACAUGAACUCCUGCCUCAACCCCGUGGUGUACGCCCUGGUCUCCAGGCACUUCCGCAAGGGCUUCGGCAAGCUGUUCUGCUGCGCGCUGAAGAAGAGGGCGGGGAACAGGCCCCACGCCGCCUCCAGGAAGGCCGUCCACACGGCCAGCAGCGCGGAGACCUCCAACUGAGGAGCUGGCCCGUGGGGAACCCUUGUUCUCCCCCCCCCCCCCCCCCCCCCCCCCCCCCCAACGCGGAGGCGUCGAAGUGCCCUAACAUGCAUGCACAUUCUAGUGUAGUUCCUGUAGUGUAGAGGAAGGUCCUUCUUGUUUACUCAUGGUCGGCGAGCUCACCAUAUGAGGAGGAUCCUUCAGAAUAAGGUGCGGUUUCCGAGUACUUUGUCCCGGGCUGACCAGAGGAGCCAGGCAAAAAUGUUUGUUCCUUUAUUCGCAGGCUCUUGAAGGAUACCCGAACAACCUGCCCCGUCCUGCUACAUGGUUGACUCUUAGUCUUUGACGCUGCUAACUGUAUUGCUCUUUGUUUAAAUUAUCCCAAACAACAUUAUAACAAAACACCUGUUCUCUACGUUAUACAAAACAGAAAGGUACACCUCGACUCCCUCUAAGUUGAUCAACAAGGUGUGAUGUAUGACCUGGGUGAGAUUGGCCCCCCAGUUGGUCUGAUGGGAUCGGUUGUUUUAUUGAUAGAUGAAAGAAGAUCAUUUAAUGCUAAUCCCCCCCCCCCCCCCCAACCUUUUCCCGAUCAACUCUGGGGAGAUAUAGACGGAGGCCUUUAAGGGAGGGGAUGAGAAUAGGGUGAAUGUUAAACCAUGUAAACAGGAAUUAAUACAUUCUGCUUCAUUCCCAAUUUGUUGCACGAGUGCAGUGCUAAAGUUGACUAUUGCUCAUAUUAUGUACUGGCUAGAUGAAGAGACUCUUACUUUCUACACCCUCCUUAUGGAAUUAGUAGAAAGAGGAGGUUUAAGCUGAAUGCAAGUGCUUGCUUUUCUUGCAAAGGAAUGUGUUGUCCCUGUGUUUUUAUUACUGUGAUCUGAGCAAGGUGUACAUGUGCAUUAUUUAACGAUACUGCUGUGUAUUGAUCCAUGCCUAGAUGGUCACAGAUUAUGUUGUUAAUUUCUGGACAGCGUUAACUUGAUGUCAAUAGAUCAGGAAUGAAAGAACCCUUUUGUUUUUUUGUAUGAUGGCAAAAUCCUGUGCUGUACACUGCCUUUUAAGGUCAUUGACCUUUUGUUGACGUUGUCCCCUUCACAU